GCAACCAUUGUAAUACACUGUAGCAUUAGAAAUUCUCUUUCAAUUACUAUCCGGCUCCGUGCAAGUAUAACUUCUAAUGCAUAACAUAAGUAUAAAUCUCAAUGCGAGAGAUCAUACAUGCUGAUUUUAUGCUCUACCGAAGUUUCUCUCGAGAAAUGAGUGGCCGACGGAGAAAACCCGUGUCCAACCAAUAUUUGGCUUUCUACAAUCUAUGGAUAAUUGAAGAGUAAGAAAAAAUUGAACCAUCAAUUAACAAUUUAACACCACCCAAAAUAGAAGUUGCUUGUGAAUAACCCGUUGAAAACGGGUACUUCACAAAGUCGAGAGAGACAUGCGUAUAUAUUCACCGACAAGCUACUCAAUUUCUCAUCACUCUUACAGAAAAAUUAACAAGGCACUGCUACAUUUUCUUUGAAUUAAUCAAUGGAUCGGCGUCAUGGUUCUGAAGAUUACGAGGAGGAAGAAGGAGCUCAUAGUCAGCCCCGACAGAGAAAUAUGACUAAAUCUAAACCUACUGGAGGAGGGCACGUAGAAGAAGAUGACCAAAGCCAAAAUCGCCAAAUAAAACCAGCUUACGGCGGUUCUCGCAAAGAGUAUGGCGACGAAGAAGAUCGAGACCGAUAUGGUGAGAGAAAAUCCAGCAAACCGAAAUCAUCAGCAGCUUACAGUUCGAGGGAAGAUGAAGAUGAAUAUGACGAGAGAAAACCCAACAAGCCGAAAGCUGCUGCGAAAGCAGCUUACGGUUCGAGGGAAGAUGAAGAUGAAUACGGCGAGAGAAAACCCAACAAGCCGAAAGCCGCAGCGGCUUACAGUUCGAGGGAAGAUGAAGAUGAAUACGGCGAGACGAAACCCAACAAGCCGAAAGCCGCUGCGAAAACGGCUUACGGUUCAACGGAAGAUGAAGAUGAAUAUGGCGAGCUAAAAUCCAACAAGCCAAAAACCGUUGCGAAAGCAGCGGCGACUUACGGUUCGACGGAAGAUGAAGAUGAAUACGGCGAGAGAAAACCCAACAAGCCGAAAGCCGCUGCGAAAGUGGCUUACGGUUCGACGGAAGAUGAAGUUGAAUAUGGCGAGAAAAAACCCAAUAAGCCGAAAGCCGCUGCGAAAGCGGCUUACUGUUCGAGGGAAGAUGAAGAUGAAUACAGCGAGACAAAACCCAAUAAGCCAAAGGCCGCUGCAAAAACGGCUUACGGUUCAACGGAAGAUGAAGAUGAAUACGGCAAGCAAAAAUCCAACAAGCCGAAAACCGUUGCGAAAGCGGUGGCGACUUACGGUUCGAGGGAAGAUGAAGAUGAAUACGGUGAGAGAGAACCCAACAAGCCGAAAGUCGCUGCGAAAGCGGCUUACGGUUCGACGGAAGAUGAAGUUGAAUAUGGCGAGAGAAAACCCAACAAGCCGAAAGCCGCUACGAAAGCGGCUUACGGUUCAAGUGAUGAGUAUGGGGGCGAAGAUGAUCAGGAUGAAUAUGGCCAAAGAAAACCUGGCAAACCAAAGGCCGCUGCGAAACAAGCUUAUGGUUCUGAGGGUUAUGGAGAUGAAGAUGAUCAGGAACAUCGCGAAAAGAAACCUAGGUCGGGUUCUGCCGGGAAAGCAGCCAAAGGCUCGAAACCUGAAAAAGAUGGGAAUGUGGAGGAUGAUCAAUACCUCGAGAAAAAAGCUGUUGCUGCUAAACCAUCAAAGUCAACUUAUGGGGAUGAUAAGGAUGAGCAGAAUGAACAUCGUGAGCGAAAAGUGGGCACUGACGGGAAACAUGUUGGUGGUGUGGGGGCGGAGAAAGCGAAAGCAGGAGGAGCGAAGGAGAAAGGUGAAAAGCCAUCAAUGGGGGAGGUGAUGUCGAGUGCGAAGAUUGUGGCGGGCGCCAAUAAAGGGGACAAGUUCGACAAAGCUGAGGUUUGCAAAGCUGCCAGUACCAUUCUAGGUGCUGCCUCUGCGUACGGCGGUUUCGACGACAAAGAAGGCAUCGGGAGUUACCUCAGCAAAGCAGAGGAUAUGCUUCGUAAGUAUGGUGGCGGCCAAGAAGGUGAGGGAGGUGGCCCCAAAACUUCUGUUUCUCAUUCUUCAGCUUCUGAGGAGAAGAAGAAGAAAAGUAAUGAUUCAAAUGAGAGCGGUGGGGGCACGAAGAAGCCCACUAAAAAGGAUGACGGUGAAGAGGAUGGUGGUGGUGGAGUUGGGGGCUAUCUGAAGAUGGCUCAGGGUUUCUGGAAGGGCUAAUCUGAUGAUUAUCAUUAAUCACUAAUUAUGUGAAGUUAAUUAAGCUCACUUCGAGAAACUUACAUACACCAAGAUACCACUAAAGUGACAAUGCAUGUCAAUCAUGCAGUGCAUACUUAUCACAAAGUAUAGUAUGAUUCGUUUGAUAUAUUGCCACGAGCAAUAUUCUUGUUGCAUGAAAGUUUUUUCGUUUUCUUGGGUUGAUGAUCAUAGUUUGUUUCUGAUUUUCUGUAUUCUAUUUUGGGCUACUUUGGGCCCUCUUUUUGUUUUCCGGCUUGUUUUGGGUUAGAAUGGACUUAUGGUCCUGGGCCUACCUUCCUGCGUGUGGAGCCCUCUGUAUUUCAAUAUGUAUUUUUGUAUUUCUUGCUAAAUAAGUAAAGUGGUGUUUGCAU